GCGACGGAGCAACAAUAUCGCGGGAGUAAUAGUACUACUGUACUACGAAACAACCCAUGCGCAUCUCCUUCCCAAACAUAGGGGGAGGAGACCGCUCCAGUCUCCACCCUCUACCUCGCCUCCAGUCGCCAGACGCCGCCACCUCCGCCGCCUGCCGCCGCCCGUCUGCGGAAUGGUCUGCGCCCCGACGGCGGGGGUGGAGGUGCUGCCGCCUCGCGGGGGUGUCUCCGCCCGGCGCUCCUGGCCGCCGAGCUGCGGCCGCGUCCCCGAGAACGGCGACGGCGAGAGGGGCGUCCAGGGCACGGCGGACGAGGCGGCCGGCCACGCGGGCGUUUCCUCUGCGGCGUGCAACGGCGGGCUCCCGCGCGAACCCCCUCAGCCGCAGCCGCCCGGCGACGGGGAUGCACGUCCCUCGGAUAGCCAGGCAGAGAUCAGGGCGCUAGAUGUGAUGCCGCUGGCGUUCGCUGCCCCACGGAAAUGUGCCGUUGCUCCUGCUAAUGGUUCCAUGGAAGAUGGCGGUCGUAUGGCCGAUUCGUUGAAUGUGGAGGGGCAAUUGGUCAGGGAUGAGGAUGUUGUUAUUGGCAAUGGAGAUGACAGUGUUGUGGGAAGCAGAGUGGACGACGGUGAAUUGGAGAGGGAGGAGGACGAGAGCAGAAAGAAGAGGUGGUCGGCAUCUGUCAUGAAUCCGCCUCCCAAGAGGAGAGCGGUCUCAGCCAAGCGCAGAUUUCCGCCUGGCUGUGGGAGUGUUGCUGCUACCGGCAUCGGCGUCAGAGGUUGUGGUGUUUCUCCGAUGUUGAAGCGAGAUGAUUCUAAUCACGAAACAGAAAGCAAAAGAGAAGAGGUCGGAGGUGCCACCGAGGCACACAAUCAUAUGCAAGAAUCUCAAGUCGUCAAUUAUGUUGCUCCAGAUGAUUUUGCAGACCGUCCGCAAAAUUAUGUUGGUCAUGGCGCUUCUCCGAUUUUGAGGCGAGAUAAUUCUAAUAAUGAAACAGAAGGCAAAAGAGAAGAGGUCGGAGGUGCCACCGAGGCACACAAUCAUAUGCAAGAAUCUCAAGUCGUCAAUUGUAUCACUCCAGAUGAUUUUGCAGACCGUACGCGAAAUUAUGUUGGUCAUGGUGCUUCUCCGAUUUUGAGGCGGGAUGAUUCUAAUCACGAAACGGAAGGCAAAAGAGAAGAGGUCGGAGGUGCCACCGAGGCACACAAUCAUAUGCAAGAAUCUCAAGUCGUCAAUUGUGUCACUCCAGUCAAUUGUGUCACUCCAGAUGAUUUUGUAGACCGUCCACGAAAUUAUGUUGGUCAUGGUGCUUCUCCGGUUUUGAGGCGAGAUGAUUCUAAUCACGAAACGGAAGGCAAAAGAAAAGAGGUCGGAGGUGCCACCGGGGCACACAAUCAUACGCAAGAAUCUCAAGUCAUCAAUUGUGUCGCUCCAGAUGAUUUUGCAGACCGCCCACGAAAUUAUGUUGGUCAUGGUGCUUCUCCGAUUUUGAGGCAAGAUGAUUCUAAUGUGGAUAUGGAAGGCAAAAUAGAAGAGGUUGGAGGAGCUACCGAGGCACACAAUGAGAAGAUCCAAGAAUCUCAAGUCGUCAACGUUAUUGUUCAAGAUGGUUUUGCAAGAGGCCAACGCGGCCAUGAUAAUCCGCUAAAUGAUGUUACAGACGACUCACCAAGACAUAGUUUCUCAGAGCAGAUGAAUGGUAGAAGACUAUUACGUGAAAGGAAGCGCGCACCACUAGUAGUGGGGAACACUGAGAUUAGAAGCAGACGCGAAGGACGUGUGCAUGAUGGCACUCCGAGGACUCAUCCGAGAGGCCCACUUAAUGUGAAGAGAAAGGGCAAGAGUGCAGAGAUUGUCAAGAUCAAUGUGACAUUGGUAGAUGAUGCAGGGGUGAUUGACGUGAUACGCUCGGCAUCCAAGUGUGGAGAGCAUGUUGCGACCGAUCAAAUUGAAGAUAAGGAUGGUGUGGGCCUUAAUACUAAUAGGGUAAUUAUACAAGCAUUGAUGGCUCCAGACAGAUGCCCUUGGACGCAACGAAAGAAAUCUAUUGCCAGUGUUCCUAAAUCGCUUGGUCCUAGGAAAAAUGUGAAGAAAAAGGUUGCUACUCCAAGGAAAGAAUUGCACUCCAAAGUUACCCCUUCUACACCGGCUAGGCGCAAGGCAAGAGAGGGCGGAGAAGAUUCCUCCUCAAAAGAUGAUGAGAAACCUUUGGCACUACUUGCGCAUGAAAGAAAUAAUAAAUCAUGCGUCAACAUCUCUCGAUGUCCUCCUUCCGACGAGGUGAGUGUUCAUAAGAUUGAUGAGAGAAGUCGAUUGAGCGAUCCAAAGGAUGUACCACUUGUAGCGGGGGUUGUUGAUGUAAAAACCAAAUGUGAAGGAAGCUUGCAAGAAGGUACUCCGAGGAACCAUGUGAGAGCUCUUGUUAAUGUGAAGACAAAGGGCAAGAAACCAGAUAAUGUCAAGGUGAAUGUGACAUUGUUAGAUGAUAGGCGGGUCUUUGAAGAUGACAAGACGAGAAACCAAAUUUCAAGAACUCGGAGAGGAGUGGCGCGCUCCUCAAAUAUUAAAAACGUGAAGAAAGGCAUGUUUGCUCAUAAGCGCGAUGGCAUCGACAAGGACUCUGGGAAUAAGUUCACAAAGGAGUCUAAGUGUGGGGAUCAUCUUCAGACUGAUCAAAUUAAAGAAAAUGAUAAUGUCGGCCUUGUUACCAACAAGAUGACUGUAUUAGCAUUGAUGGCUCCUGACAAAUGCCUGUGGACAGAAGGGAAGAGGUCUAUUGUUGGUGUUUCUCAGUCUCUCACUUGUAGGAAUAAUAACUCUCUUACCGUUCGUGAAGGCCUUUGUUUGUCUGACAUAUCUCAAGGAAAAGAGAGCAUUCCCAUAUGUGUGAUCAACACAAUUGAUGGCGUGCUGCCAACGCCAUUUAAGUACAUCACCAAAGUCAUAUAUCCGCCCUCAUAUGCAAAAGCACCUUCAAUAGGCUGUGACUGCACUAAUGGUUGCUCGGACUCUAGUGAAUGUGCUUGUGCUGUGAAAAAUGGAGGGGAGAUCCCAUUCAAUUUGAAUAGCGCAAUUGUUUAUACAAAGCCUCUCAUAUAUGAGUGUGGCCCAUCAUGCAGGUGCCCACCAACAUGCCACAAUAGGGUGAGCCAGCACGGCCCCAAAGUUCCACUGGAAAUAUUCAAGACUGGGAAGACAGGUUGGGGUGUAAGAUCCCUCAGUUUUAUCCCUUCAGGUAGUUUCGUAUGUGAGUAUGUAGGUGAGGUAUUGCAAGAGACAGAAGCUGAGAGGACAGAAAAUGAUGAGUACCUUUUUGAUAUUGGUCGUGACGAUGACGAUGACGAUGACGAUGAUGACGAUGAAGAAAAAGAUUCACAAUCUUCUAAAUCCGAGAUGACAGCGGAGGGCUUGGGCUAUACAAUAGAUGCUGCAAAGUGUGGUAAUGUUGGAAGAUUCAUCAACCAUAGCUGCACUCCAAACAUGCAUGCACAGGAUGUUCUCUGGGACCAUGAUGAUAAGAGGAUGCCGCAUGUUAUGCUUUUCGCCGAAAAGAAUAUCCGUCCGCUACAAGAGCUUACUUACGAUUAUAAUUAUAACAUAGGUAAUGUGCGCAAGAAUGGCAAGGUGAAGGAGAAGAAAUGCUUCUGCGGUUCGUCGAAGUGCCGCCUCAGGCUUUACUAAGGUAUUGGUGACUGAUGAUGGUAAUGUUCAUAUUUCGGCGGAAUGCAGUCCUGUCAGCGCAGUGCUCCUUGGUCUUACUCUCCCGGUCACCUUGCAAUUGUCGAUGGCUUGUGAUGUUUUUUUCUUGCUACCCUAGGGUUGAAUUAGUACUGCUUUUUAAAGAGCUGCAUUAGCUCAUUCUGCUGUUAGCUUUAUGUUCAGAACCGAACCUGUACUGGGUACAUGAGUUCUGGCUGUAGCUUUUCUCUGUCACAAAUUUUACAUAAUCAAGCAUUGUUGCUGUCCUUUUAAGCAUUA